UGUUAUUGUAAGCAUUAUAAGAAAAAAAGAACGACAAUAUACGCAAGUUCUUCAACAAACCUUAGAAUUAUUGGUGUUUUCUUCCCACACGUAGGUGGACAUGAUUGGAAUGGACCCACUCAUCAGAGCUCGGCUACGAACUAUUUAGCUCGACCCUCUCCUCCAAACAAUGCAUAAUUCAAACACAUCCAAGAAGAUGAAGCUGCAAUGGUUCCUUCUGUUCUUGAUUUCAUUUGUAGAAGCACAGAAGGAGACUUACAUAAUUCACAUGGAUCGAACCGACAUGCCACGAGCCUUCGAUGAUCAUUUCCAGUGGUAUGAUUCUUCUUUGAAGUCGGUUUCUGAUUCAGCUCAAAUGCUUUAUUCCUACAAUACAGUGGUUCAUGGCUUCUCCACGAGAUUGACUGUGGAAGAAGCUAAGUUAAUAGAAAAGCAGGAAGGGAUUCUUGCUGUUAUACCUGAAGUGAAGUAUGAGCUCCAUACGACUCGGACGCCGGAGUUUCUUGGACUUGGGAAGAGUGUUUCGUUCUUCCCAGAAUCGGAGAAGGUUGGCGGAGUGAUUGUCGGAGUUCUUGACACUGGUGUAUGGCCUGAAUUGGAGAGCUUCAAUGAUGCAGGGCUUGGACCAGUGCCGCCGAGCUGGAAAGGGGAGUGUGAAGUGGGUAAGAACUUUAACUCGUCUAAUUGUAACAGGAAAUUGAUUGGAGCUAGAUACUUUUCUAGAGGCUACGAGGCAGCAUUUGGCGCGAUUGAUGAAUCCCAGGAGUCGAAAUCACCGAGGGACGACGAUGGUCAUGGAACUCAUACUUCAACGACUGCUGCUGGAUCCCCUGCAACUGGAGCCAGCCUCUUUGGGUUUGCUGCAGGGACUGCAAGAGGAAUGGCAGCGGAAGCUCGGGUUGCAACGUAUAAGGUAUGCUGGCUUGGAGGGUGUUUUGGUUCUGAUAUUUUAGCUGCGAUCGACAAGGCUGUAGAAGAUGGUGUCGAUGUUUUGUCGUUGUCGCUUGGUGGAUCAUCCCCUGAUUACUACAGAGACAAUGUUGCCAUUGGAGCCUUCUCUGCUGCGGCUCAGGGAGUUUUUGUGUCAUGUUCUGCUGGGAAUAGCGGCCCGUCAUCUGGUAGCUUGUCGAACGUUGCGCCAUGGAUAACCACAGUCGGCGCUGGGACUCUCGACAGAGACUUCCCGACAUACGUUACUCUUGGAAAUGGGAAGAAAUUCAUCGGGGAGUCGCUUUACAGUGGAAAGCCCUUGUCGGAGUCUUUAAUACCAAUUGUAUAUGCAUCCGAAGCGAGUAAUUCAUCUAGUGGUAGCCUUUGCUUGACCAGUACUCUGAAUCCGGCGAAGGUGGCCGGA